AUGCAAAUGAAUGAAUCGGAUAUGUGCUCACUCAGUACCAAGCCUCAAACAGGAGCAGCUCCUCCUCCAAUGGCUUCUCAACGCUUUGUGGAGGUCAAUCCAGACCAAAUCCUCCAUAUAUGAGAUUUCAUAGAAUCACGGUCAACUUCGUCUACAUCUCGAUCGAACAAUAAUCAAAAGUAUGUUCAAAUCGAUACAGAAUCGUUCAGUGAUAUUUUUUAA